GGGGGCGGGGCCCAGCGGGGCGGGGCCCAGCGGAGGGCGGGCUGGCCCCGCCUUCCAGACCCGCUGAGGGGAGACGUCCGCUGAUCGCGCGCGGAAGCCUGUGCUUUUCCGAGUCGCUCUCUUCCGGGCUCGGAGCGGUGGUCGGCAUGGCCCGUGGAAAUCAACGAGAACUUGCCCGCCAGAAAAACAUGAAGAAAUCCCAGGAAAUUAGCAAGGGAAAAAGAAAAGAGGAUAGCUUGACUGCCUCUCAGAGAAAACAGAGAGACUCUGAGAUCAUGCAACAAAAGCAGAAAGCAGCUAAUGAGAAGAAGUCUAUGCAGACAAGAGAAAAAUGAUGACUGACAAUUUGGAAAACCUGGGUGCUACUGCCAACUAGGUGUAUUUUAUAAGCUCUAUGAUCAAGAUUUUGUAGAGUGAACAGUCAUUACAUAUGUAAUAUCUUUAUAAAAACUUUUAAACUUUA